AUGCAGCUGAAAAACAAAUCGGGCCAUUUUCUUGAAGCUGAUAAAGAAAGAUGAGACCGAUGCAGAUGGACUUCUUCGCCGACAUGGAGGAGCAGGGAUCGACGGUGGCGAUGGACGUAGACGACGUAGACCCACUCGAGAUAUUCGGCGAGGGCGUCAUCAACGUCGACAACAAGCUUGCCGACGCUGAUUUCUUCAACAAUUUCGAGGACGAUUUCGAUGACUCGGACAUCAAUUGAUCCUAUCUUAUUCCUUACCGCCACUGAUUAUGUACCUUUUCUUUUCUUUCUAUCUUAGGAAAAUUGAGGGGGAAGUAAGAGGAGAGAGGGUUUGCUUGAAAACUGUUUGUAGUUUGGAUGAUUAUGUGCUUUAAUUGAAGUGUGAAGUUACUUUGCCCU